UCUUCUCUGCUCUCAGCACACUCAACUCCACUCCACACAGUUCACUCACAAUGGCUACUAGCACCAAGCUUGCAGCUCUUGGCUUUGUUGUCCUAGUGAGCAUUGGGUUCUCCGAUGCAGCAAGGAUGCUUGCUAGCUCCUCUAGUGCUUCUGGUGGUGGGGGAGGAGGUGGCGGAGGAGGUGGUGCCAAUGGUGGCAGUGGAUGGGGUGGGGGGUUUGGAUCGGGUGGAGGCUCAGGAUAUAGUGAAAGCGGUGGAGAUUGGGGUAACAAGUGGAACUUCGCCAAGGGGUCUGGAGGAGGAGGAGGAGCAGGCGGUGGUGGAGGAUCAAAGGGUGGAUCCGGGUCUGGUUCCGGCUCUGGCUCUGGCAUAGGAAGUGGUGUGAGUGGCUCUGCAUCAGCUCCUAGCGGCAAUGGAUACGCCAAUGCUGAUGGUAAGGGCGGGGGCGGGGGUGGAGGUGGUGGUGCAGAUGGGUCUAGUGGAACCGGGGUUGGGUCUGGCCUUGGCAAGGGAUAUGGUGAGAGUGGUGUGUCAAAGGCACCAGCUCCUGUUGCCGGUGGUGAUGGUACCAGCUACUCAGAUGCUGGCGGUAGUGGUAACGGUGGUGGUGGCGGUAACAAUGGAAAUGGAGGUGGUGCCGGCACAGGCGCUGGACAGGCCGGCAGCGACGACACUUCUGGAGGCUUUGCAAAUGCAGGAGGAAGCGGCAAUGGUGGUGGCAAAACUGAAGGUGUCGCAGAAGGUCCAAGCGUUGGAGUUGGAUCUGGUGCUGGGUCUGGCGCUGCUCAGACCGGUAGCACUGGCUCUUAUUGGGAAGGCUAUGCCACAGGAAUGGGCGGUGGCACGGGUGCCGGCGGCGGUGAGAGCCAGAAUGGUGGAACUGGCAGUGGUGGAGGCAGUGGAUCCGGAUCUAGUGGUGGCGGAUUCCGCUAAAUUACCCUUUGUUGAACAAGCUCGAUUUGGAACUCGACAUGUAUUUUAAUUUUUAUCACUUUAUUAGCAUUUUGCAUUGAAGGACACAUGACAUGUAUUGGAUGGACGAUCCUGAGCGCCGAUGGAAGGAACUAAAUAGCAUUUCUUGGAUUAACAUUUAACGCCUACACCUGUUCAGGCGGGUUUGUGCCAAUAGACAUAAUAAUAAUGUGAAGGAUUACCUCCUUUGUAGUUUUUUCUAUCUCAAUAGUAAAAUUUCUUGAUUUCA